AUGGCAGACCUUGCACUUCUUGAAGAUUUGGAACAAGCACUUUUGUGCAGAGAUCGCGUUUUUAGGGACCGCACAAACUUAUUUGCUGAGAGUGAUGAGUGGCUCAUUAGUCGUUUUUGUUUGCCAAGGGCAAUUUUGCUUGAUUUGUGUCAGCAGUUCUCACAACUUUUGGAGAGGCCGACAAAGCGCACCAGUGCAGUCCCCGUGCACACUCAGGUUCUUUCUACUAUUGGCUUUUUAGCCACAGGCACAUUUCAAAGGGAAAUUGGUGACAGGUCUGGUAUUUCUCAACCCACCGUGAGCCGAAUUAUGCCACACGUUUUACAUGCAAUUAUAUCACUUACAUCACAGUACAUUACGUUUCCAAAUAUCGCAGCGGAAAGGACAAAAAUUAUGACUGAUUUCUAUAACAUUGCAGGAUUUCCAAGUGUAAUUGGGGCAGUUGACUGCACACAUGUUGCCCUGAAAACUCCUACUGUUGAUGAAUUUGCAUUUGUAAAUAGAAAAGGCUAUCACUCCAUUAACGUGCAGGUAAUCUGUGAUGCACACUUGAACCUGCUAAAUGUCGUUGCGAACAUCCCGGGAGGGCCACACGAUUCCUUCAUUGUGCAGAACAGCAUCGUGGGACUUCGUCUUCAGCAAAGCGCUGCUGGAGAAGGCUGGCUAAUUGGUAAGUGUGUAUUAGAUUACUUCUCAACACCUUCUAGUGUACUGUAUUUUAUCUUAAUCUACAGCAUUGCAGGGGAUCGAGGAUAUGCUCUUAAAUCCUGGCUGAUGACCCCAGUGGCAAACCCUGUAUCCCAAAAGGAGCUGAAUUACAACCGAGCACAUGAGCGCACAAGAAGCACAGUAGAACGUGCAAUAGGCUUGCUGAAGGUUCGAUGGCUGUGUCUGUCAGGCAGAUGA